CCUUUAGGGGGCAGCAGGCGUCAUUACUGAUGGUCGCAACUGCGCAUGUGCGGCUAAUGACACAACAAACAUGGCGGUGUUAUUGACAGGCGCGGAAACGGCUUGUGCGGUCCUCCGAGCUUCCGGUCAUUUUGGCCUCUUUUCGGCCGCUGUGUGCCGGCGUUGGAGCGUCCAGACGGCGGCCAAGUGCAGCUCCGGCAGCGGGCAGCAGACAAGCCGAGGUGGAAGCAAAAAAGCCGAGGAGGAGGAAUACGAAGGUCCGGAAUAUAUUCCUCUGAGGAAGGCCAAGAACCCCAUGAUGCCCAUUGGCUAUGCCUGGAUGGUGGGCCUCCCCGGCGGCAUCCUCCUCUUCCUGCUGGUCAAAAGGCAAGUGGAGAAGAACCGCCUAGAGCAGAUGAAGAUCCGACGGAGGAUGCAGAAGUCCGAGGGGAGCUACGAAGGCAGCCGCUACCGCCGCGCCAUAGAGAACGCCAAGCUGGACCAGUAACGCCCGUUAAAAGACUGCCUCACUUCCACUGGGGGACAUUAUUUUAACCCCUGCACAGUUCAAAUGAGAUGGAUUGAAGUGGACAAACUUUUUCUUUUUCAAAACCUAUAUAUGUUAACCCGCUAGGGAUCCCCUCAUUUUUUUGUGAAGGUUUCACUCAUUAAAGUCAUACAGUUUAAUAAUA